CAUAGACGACCAGCUGGUGACGCUGGAGGACAGAGACGAGGUUGCCGUGGUUCCACCACUGAGCGGUGGAUAGAAGAAAAAGAUGUCCGAGGAUCACAGAGAUGUCAUCAAGCUGAGCUGUGAUUGGCUGUCUGUGCAGGAAGUGGUGGACUUUGUCAGCAGCUCCUCCUGCGGUGCCAUCUCAGUAUUUAUAGGUACAACUCGGGAGGACCAGGUGGACGGCAGGAAGGUGAUCGGUCUGGAGUAUGAGGCCUAUGAGUCCAUGGUACAAUCAGAGUUCUCCAAGCUGUGUGAGGACAUCAGAACUCGCUGGCCAAGCGUGACUUGUGUCUGCGUCCACCACCGACUUGGGUGGGUGAAGGUGGGCGAGGCCAGCAUCGUCGUGGCGAUUUCGUCCCCUCACCGCCACGAUGGACAGCUGGCGAUCCAGCAUUGCGUCAGUCAGCUGAAAGCCACCAUCCCCAUCUGGAAGAAGGAGGUGUACGACACGCAGGAGGCGAGCUGGAAGGAGAACUCUGAGUGUUCUUGGUCUCGGGGUCCAGAUGAAAGCAGCUUGGAGUUUCAGAGCCUGAAAUAA